CGUUUGAGAGUGAAAGUGAAAGUAAUAAAGGAGGUGUUUUCAAUGUCAGUAGGAGGAGGGCAUUAAAGAGCAGCUCGUUAAACUACAAAAGCCAACACACAUUUCUUUUCCUUAUUAAAAAAGUUUUAUUCCUAAAGAAAUUCAUUGUAGUUUUGGAAUCAGGUGCAACAUUCAGUAUAUAGGAAACAUAUAUGAUGAGGACCACUUACAUAAGAUGAAGACUCAGUAACCUUAGAAAAGCUAUUUUAUUAUAGCCUAUCAGAGGGUCCCCUCAUGGGGGCUGCCAUGUUAGAAUCAGAUGACCAGCCGAAUACUACUCGCUUACUAUCCCUAAGCAGGGAUGGACGGAUCGAUACUAAAGUAUCGAUAAUUCCGAUACUGAUGUGGUAUCAAGAAUAUCGAUCCUCACAUAAAAAAUAUCGAUUAUGAAGGUUUUUUUUUUUUUUUUUCUAGACUAGUUAUAUUAUUAUUUAGAUAACAUGAAUAUGAAUGCAUCUCAUAAGCUUCGAAGUGGAAAAAAAAUAAUUCUGUGAGCAUGGCACCAGAACUAUUUUUUCUUCCGCUCAUCUUGACGCGCAGAAAUGCUAAAAUACACCAGCAGUCAGACAGCGCUCACCCUUUCAGUCAUAGCACUCGUUCAAAGAGGGAGCAGUGCUCUCCUGAGGUAAUGAGAAAAACAGCAUCUGGAGUUAUUCACACUAAGUAAUGACAAACCUAGAUGUGACGUAUUAUAAUGGGCUUGUGUGACCAUUUUUACAGGCUUAUUUAAAAUUUAGAGGUGUUAAAACAUUGAUAAUGAUCUUUAAUCCUCAUUAAUAAAUGAUACCCUUAUGAAAACUUACCAUGGAUUUUCUGUAGUAAUAUUGUAUUAACCAUGACUGUAUUAACCACGACUGUAGUAACCAUGUUUUUUUUUUUUCUUCUUCUUUUUGGCAGUAACCAAGGUUUUGAUACAAUUAACCAUGGUUUUGCUACAGCAUUACAAUAGUAUCCCAGUUGUAACUUGGUUUUAGUAAUAGUAACCAAAUAAUAAUAUCUAUGGUUAAUUUUGUGGUUUAAAUGUUGCUUAUACUUAUACAUUUUUAAAAGGUAAACAAAGCAGCCUAAUAAUUUUCCAGUUUAGGCCCAUAAAUAAAUAAAAAAAUGUAAGUAAUAAUUUAAGGUACUAUUUUUAUCCAAAGAAUUCGUAAAAAUUAAAUUUAUUAGAGGUAUCGGUAUUUGUAUUGAUAUCGGCGAUACUGGCCUAAAAGUACUUGGUAUCGGAUCGAAAAGAAAAUAAGUGGUAUCGCCCAUCCCUAUCCCGAAGUAACUGCCCUGAUACUGGACACUUUCAUGGAUUAAAUGAAUCAUGGAUGACUGUGCAUACUGAAUUUCUAAUAUGGGACCAGUAACUGAAAAUGAUUGAGUUUGAAUGAUUCUGCAUCCAUGACAAGACUAAUCAACAGUAAGAUAAGAAGCACAAAAGACAGUUUGAUCAAGACGAAGAACAGAAAGAGAGAAAAAUGAACCAAGAACAAUUACAUUCAGAAGAGGAAAUCAUUCAAGGAAACAACUACUUCAUAAUUGAAACUGGGAACUCAUGCAAUGCACACAAGAAGAUUUUAAAUUAUCUCCAAUAUCUAAGACCUGGUUUAAAGCAGGUGCAGACAGAAGGGCAGUGUGAUAUGAUUCUGGUUUUCUGCCCCAUAGUCUCAAGGGCAGGAACUGACAUGGAAUCUGCACUGAAUGAACUUAAUAAAUGUUCAGCAUCCAAACCAGCUAUUUUCAUUGUGCUCCAUCACACAUAUGACUCCAAUAUAAUCAUACCAGGCAGCAGCAGGUUUAUAAACAGGAGAAAUACAUUAACAGUGGACUGUCUGUUCCAUGAAGACAUGGGGUUAUUGAAUUGUGACAUCAAUAAUGAGGCAUUCACCAUUAUUGCAAAGCAUUUCAAACAACAGGAGAUGGAGAGUUGGGUGCUGUUUUUUAUCAAGAACUGGCGAGGCAUCUUGUUGGCCUCUGGCUGUCUCUUGACCAUCUACAUCAUGCACAGAAUUAUAUAACUAGCAAAAUAAGAGCUCUGAUGACUCUGCCCAACACAUAGAGAAGUGGAUCAAGAAAGAAAGCCAGUUCUUUUCUGCUAAAAAGCCUAAGAUAACUUCAAUAUCAGUAUUGUGUAGUGUCUCUCCUAUUUACUGUGGCUCCAUUUAGCUAAUAAUGUUGUUAUUAGUAAAGCUGAUUGGUUCAUCAUCUCUCUUUCCAGUAGGCCUAUGUGUUACUCUUUACAAUUCAUGUUACAUAAUUCAAAUCCAGUCUCAUGAAAAUUCAAAUGUGGGUGUACUAACAUUGUAUAACAUUGUAUUGUAACAAAAUAUACAUGUAUCAAUUACUAAGAGCAGAAAAAUAGCCAUGAAUAGUCAUAAAAAUUAGAUGUUAUGAAAUGCCAAAUGUGUUUGGAAUAAACAGAAAAACAGUA